GAUAAAAUUUUAUGAAUAUUUUAUUGUCAGUAAAAUAAAAUCAGUCUACAAGCUGUCCCAAUCUACUAUCAGUCUUUAGAUAGCUCUGACGGUAAACAUUGAUAAAAUAUGACGGAUGAUUAUAAUUCAUUGUGUAAUUAAUGAUAACGUGGAGUAUUGUACACAGGUUACGCGUGUUUUUCGUAUGUUUAUUGUGAAUUGUGGGGAGACAUACUGACAUUUACUAUCUCUUCUGUAUGUACAAGACGUAAAGAGAAUGACUCAAAAUAGUGAAAAGAAAAACGUUUGUGGAAUAUGUUUAUCACAUUUUAAAGAACCUAAAAUAUUGCCGUGUUUUCAUACAUUCUGUAUGAAAUGUUUGGAGGACAACGUAAGAAUCACAGCUCAGCGCAACGACUUUCCAUGUCCGACGUGCCGUACAUCAGUUCCUAUCCCGACGGGCGGAGUAAAGUGUUUACAGACCAAUUUCUAUGUCAGCUCAAACGAUCGAGUGAGUUGUGAUUUUGACUGCGAAGCAUGUGGUACAAGUAGAGCAGCAUCUCAUAAAUGCAAGCAGUGUGAUCAACAUUUCUGUAAUGGUUGCAGCAAAAUACAUUUGCGUAUGGCUUCCUCACGAGAACAUGAUAUACAGACAGUUUCACUGAUGAAAAAUAAACAAACUAGAUUAGAUGGCAAGUUUAUUAGCUGUGAAAGACACCCAUCUGAAGACACUACGAUGGUAUGUAAGGACUGCGACGUAUUUGUAUGCCGAGUAUGUCAGACAACAUUACACAAGGAACAUUCGUGCAAUGCUAUUUCUAAAGAAGUUUCGGAAAGGAGGCGUCAACUCAGAGAAUUAAUAGAUGUAUCUGAAAAUAAACUGAAGGAAAUUGAAAAUGAUAUUCGAGUUGUAAGAAGACAAUCUGAGUCAAAACAUACAUUCUUUAACGACCGGAUAACUUCAUUAAGGAAAGAAAAUUGCUCUCUUGUUUCAAAUAUAAUAAAAAAGUUCAACUCGUUUGAAGAAGAAAUAAAACAAUUAAAUGAAGAACAAUUUUUAUUGUCAGUCGAGACGACGGAAAAUCAGAAGUUAAAAACAGAGAACUUUAAACAAACUAUAAACAACUUAAAAGAAGCAAUUAAAGCCGAUGAAGAUAUAAACUUUCUAAGGGAUUUUGAGAGCAAUGUCGACGAAUUAAAUGAGAUAAAAAUGACAUUAACAUCUGUUAUACCUGGACAUAAACUAAUGGAAAAAGUUGAACGGUGUACAUCAUGGCUUAAAAGGCUGAACAGUAACAUAUAGCAUUAUUAUUUAAAUUAAUUAAUUUAUGGCGUUUCUUUCUAUCACGUGAAGAUACAAAAGAAACCAGUAUUGUGCUGUGUGAUUAGUAUGCAUUCACGUCUUCUUGUCCAUUUUCUGUAUAUGUUGCAAAAUGCCAUUUUUUUUUUAAAUGGACUAGAAUCUUUGUUUUUCCAUAUAGGAAGGGACAACUCUUCAGAUUACUUAAUGCAGAGUCAUUCGGAAUUAUUUCCCUUGUAUAAAGCGUUUACGUGAAAUUCGAAAAAUGCGAAGCGCUAAAUUUCUUAAGCAUUCAGUUUCAUAGAACAUUUUCUCUCUGUUCAUGGUUUCAGCUCAAACUUUCUUUAAAAGUUGUUUUCAAAAUUGUUUGAUGUUGGGAUUGUAAUGUUGAAAAAUAGCGUCUGAAGUAGGAAAGAAUUACAUUUUCCCUACAUGAUGAUGAUAACGAAUACAUCAAAUAUUAAUAUACGAUAAAAAUAUG